AGAUUUCCCGUCAGUAUUUCGCUUAUAAAUAUGUGUUUUAUGGAUAUUUGGCCAAGUACCUAUCAGCGGGGAGUGCUUUGAGAAAUUAUUCGAAAUUAUCCCUUCAAUUCUUUAUUGCUAUCGCACCUCUCGUCACCAGAGCAGAGCUAAUCCCUACUAUAUGGAAUCGUCACGUUCAUCUACUUGCGUUUCUAGAGACAUUUCUUGCCAGGCUUUGGACUGAACUUCCCUUCUGGUGUUUUACGAGCGCUAUGACAAAUCCUUCUUCAAAGACGUUCAUGGAGAGUAAGUACUUAAUGGGAGGCAGCGGCCUAGCUAUGCCCCUGGGAUUUCUAUCAUCCAUGAGCGACGCUGAUCUCAACAUGAGGUGGGCCGUUUGCUCUUCUGCCUACAAAGGCUAUAGAAAAAAAAAAAAAAAAAAGAAUGUCUCUUUCGAUCUUCCCAAUAGCGUUCGUAAUUGUCCGUUUCUUGUUGUCAAUACUGGUGCUGACACAGAGCAUGAUGAAGUUCAGUUUUUUAUCGCGGCGGGCUUGGAAUAGCACAAAUCAAGUGUUCUAGCAAAUGAAUAUACCUAAUACUAACUUUCCAGCAGAUAUCCUAUUGUCUAGUGGACGAUAUCAUUGUUUAUCUAUCUCGUUAUUGACUAACUGUCGAGGUACACAGUCGAAUCGUGUCCUUUUACAAAGAGAACCCGCUUAAUAACAAUGUAUUAUGUAUAUUAUUACCGACGGUCUUGAGAGUCAUCACGGAUAUUCCGUACGGGUAGGUAGAAAAGUCGGUCAGCCGUUUUAUUUUACAAUUGAGACAGACCUCAUGUUCGUUCGUUUUGAGGUUUGUGGACUCCGGUAACCAAAUACACCAGAAGGGCUGUGGGUUUGUAAGACAAAAAUGUUUUUGCAACAUUAAAUUCUAAACGUAAAUAUGUAUAAAUAUGAAAAUAUUGCAUACAGUGACCGUCACCUCGCGACUUUAUACCUAUAACUUUGUAUCAUGUAACAUUGGCAGUACUUAACGACCUACCAAUCAGAUACAUUUUGUAUAUUUAUAUCGUAUAAAAUUUAAUGGGUGAUAAAAAUAUCGGCUGUGCGGCAACCCUAGAAGUUCAGUGUAGGGGGCCACGUAGCUGCCCUGAAAAACGGAUGGAGCGCUUGAAAAAUAUACAGUACCAAUUGGAACCUUGCAACUACCCUACCUCCUGAUCUCAAAAGAUAACACAAAAUGUCUCUCGACGAGCAAUUCAAACAGGUCGCCGAUAAGGUUAGGAACUGGAAGACCAAGCCCAGUGACGAUGAGAACCUUGCGCUGUACUCCCUGUACAAGCAGGCUACCAUAGGUGAUGUUAACAUUGCCCAGCCCAGCGGUCUUGUGGAGAGCGCCAAGUGGAAGGCAUGGAACGGUCGCAAAGGCAUCUCCCAAGACGAUGCCAAGAAGCAAUACAUCGAAAAUGCGGAGAAACUCCACUCCAAAUACGCAUAAAUUAUUACUUAGAAUUAAAUAAAUUUCCUACUUAAAUUAUGCUCUUUCUCACGAUUUUCUUAAAUAAAUUAACAAAAUAAUA